AUGACUAACUAUACAGUCGCAUUGGAAAUCCACGUCGUUCUCGACACGUCUGGCGAAGAGGGACACCGCGUCGUAGCUUUCUACAAACGCGGCGAUAUUAAAAUCGAUAUCAUUAAACAAGAGCAGCUAUACACAAUGCCGUCACGAUUGUCGUCAGCCAUGAAAUAUGGGAGCGCGCGUAAUGGCCCAUAUCGCACGAUCUCGCCGAAGAUCUGGGCCGACGGAUACGUGUCG